AGCUGCUAAUCACAGGAUUAUUCUGUUUAACUAAGACUAUUAAGUGUUCAACAUACAAAUGGCGUCUCCCACAGGCAGACCUUGGAGAGGAUCAUCCCCUCACUGUAGAGCUCUUACAGAGGACUGACUACACCACAAGGGACCCAGUGGAAGGGAGAAUUCCCUUGUAUACUAACGGGAUGUCAUGGUAGGUUAUAUGGCGACAGAAGAAAGAAGAUGAACCUGAGACAAAUCCAAAUAAAACAGAAGCCCUGAGUUUUCUACCUGCCUUGUAGCACGCCUGGCAACAGUGCUGUGCCUCAGGGUCGACAGUUGGCAGCAGCCCUGUUUAUCUGUCUGAAACAACGAGCAAGUACCAGGACUGUCUCUCAUGUCAUCGCUGACAUGAUGCUCCGGGUGCUGACAAAGAUAAUGCUGCUGACAAUGAUGAUAUCCAACACUGGACAGUCACAUAUGUGGUAGUCCUGCAGCCGACACAUACACAUAUUGCUUGACGGUCAAGGCAGAUGCAGGGACAGAAGGAGCUGAUCUGUGUGGAGUCAUUGCCAAAUGUCCCAGUAUAUCUGGAACUUCUCCAGAAGUCUUCUCUGCCACUCUGGAUGAGUGUACCGUUUGGACACUUGUGACCAUGGCUGUCUAAUCCCAGCAUAACCUCAUUGUUACAGAUGCAGUCACCUGCCACUCACCAGAGACUGAUGGCAGAAUACUGAAAGUUUCCACGUCUACUUGUGUGUGCACUCGGCAGACACUUGAGGAAUGACUCAGUCUCACUGACUGGAUUUUGGGCGUUUGUUUACUGAGCGUGUGCACAGACAUGGCCAGCACGGUGGCUCAGCUCUUCGGCUUCAUCUUAGGGCUGUUGGGGUUUACAGGAACUGUCGUUGCAACUCUGCUCCCGCACUGGCGCUGUUCAGCAUAUACAGGAUCUAACAUCAUCACAGCCACGUCCUACAUGAAGGGCCUGUGGAUGGAGUGUGUCUGGCACAGCACUGGCAUCUAUCAGUGUGAACUGUACAGAUCUCUACUGGCACUGCCACGUGACCUGCAGGCUGCCCGGGCGCUGAUGGUUCUGUCCUGCGUCACCUCAGUCAUGGCAUCGCUGGCUGCCGUCAUGGGGAUGAAGUGCACCCGCUUCGCCCGCGGCUCAUUGAUCAAAUCUCCCUUGGCGCUUAGCGGGGGGGUAUGCUUCCUCUGCGCCGGACUCCUCUGCCUGGUCACCGUGUCCUGGACCACCCAUGACGUCAUCAUGGACUUCUACGACCCUUUCCUCCCCAGUGGGUUUAAGUAUGAGAUCGGCCUGGCCGUGUACCUCGGUUACGCCGCUGCUUUUCUCAGUCUGAUCGGAGGAAUGGUUCUGUGCUGGAGUAGCGGCGGCGGUGGCGGCAGCCGGUCUCGAAGCCCCCUCAGAGUCCAGAGGCGUCCUCCUUUAUCACCUCCCCCUGCCUUCAACAACAUCUAUCCCCCGGCUCCACCGUACAAACCACAUGAGGCCCUGAAGGACAACCAUGCGCCGUCGGUUUGUUCCAUGUCCAGCAGCGGAUAUCGACUCAAUAACUAUGUUUAAGGGAGCGACACAAUAAGAACACAGUCAUAAAAAUGGUUUAUGGAUCAAAUAACUCCUGUGUGGACCAAAACAGGAAAGAGCACUUUGAAUUUUAGCACCUUUCAGUCUACCCUUCCCACAAAACAAAUAGCAAAAGACAUAUUUGUAUAAGAAUAUCAAGUCGAGAUCUACUCAGACUGAAGAUAAUGCACCUUAAACCAUUCAGGACGAUGAUCCAGAUGUGGGAGCCUUAGCAGACUUCAAUCACAAUAUGAACCCUCUGCACAUACUGCUAUGUCGCCCUGGGACCAGAAGGUGGCAACAUAUGUCUGAAAAUAUCCACAGAAUUGUAUUUAGUAACACGUUACACUUACAGUUAUAAUAAAUAAACCAUUUCUGUAUUUCUUGAUGUAACCCACUUUCUACUCAAUGUUAACUGUUUCUGAAAACAAACAGCUAUGUAAUAACUCUCAAAAAAACUGAUGGUGUUCAGUAUGAUUAAAUCAUUUUCGUCCCAAA